CUGACAAAUCUGCCACAUCUCGCGGAGAAACCGAAUUUAUUUUUAUUUUUAAAUGGAGGCGCCCACGGAAGCAGAUCUUUUAGAUGCCAUCAGAGAAUCGCUGCAAAAAGACGGCACCCUCGGUCAGGUGAGUGGACAGAUAAGGGCAGCUGUCAUGACGGUUUUGAACAGGAAUAUCGAAAAUAAGGAACCCCCGAAAGUACCCGAAGAAACUAAAUUGAUAAAUGAGUUAUUAAGGGAGUACCUCACUUGGAAUGGAUAUCUUUACACAGAGCAAGUAUUAGCUGCAGAGUCUGGCCAAAAGAGUGAGAAAAUGAGCAGGGACGUACUUACCACAAAGUUUGGCGUGAUGGAUGACGCAAAAACCGCGAAAAUACCGCUCCUCUAUUAUAUCGUCGCCGCAUUUCAAAAUAUGGACGAGGAAUAA